UUACAUAAAAUUACUCAAAGUUUAUAUAAAUUCAAUGACGCGAAAUAGUUUCAAUCAAAAUCUCGCCACAAUGAAGCUCAAACUUAUUUGUUUCGUAAUUAUUUUCGAAUUUUGCUCAAGUGCUAAAAUACCUUCGAAUUUUAUAAAAUGUGAUCGCAAAAAGCCGGAUUUUAAAAAAUGUGCUCCCGGAGCGGUCGAACAAGCGAUGAGACAAAUGGAUAAACCGACCAAGGAAUUGGGAAUUCCUAGUUUAUCCCCCUUGGUGAUUCCCUCCCUUUCGAUUGCAGGGGGCGAAGGCUCGGUCAAAUUGGACCAGAAUUACAAAAACGUGCAUAUUUAUGGACUCACGAAUCUUUCAUGCUCGAAACUCAAUGUCGACUUUGAGAAUAAAAUUAUCGAAAAUGAGUGUCUCUACCCCGAAAUCCGCAUGGUUAGUGACUAUAACCUCAAUGGCAAGAUUCUAGUUCUUGAUAUAAUGGGCGAAGGGAAAGGCACAAUUACGUUGGAAAAGGUCCGAAUUCCGGUGAAAUAUGACCUCGAAGAGUACGAAAAGAAUGGCAAAAAGCACUUUAGAGUGACCAACAUUGAUCUAAAGAUGAUUCCAGAAAGAGUUAGAUUUGAUUUUGAAAAUUUGUUUAAUGGUGAUAAGAAACUCAGUGAGCAUGUUCUAAACGUAAUUAAUGAGAAUUGGAGGGAAGUGUAUGAUGAUGCAAAAGCAAGCUACGAGGAUGCUUUUGGCCAAAUUACUAAAGAUAUUUUCAAUAAAGUGUUGUCGAAAGUGUCAAUUUCGGAUAUGUUCGGCGAUGAAUAAUUGUUAGUUAUUUAAUUAUUUGAAAUGUUACACAUUUUUUUAUUUUUAUAGUAAACAUGUUUGUUACGAUUUAAUAAUAAAACAAGUUUAUUCCAGGAAAA